AAAUCGGCAUAAUUGUCGUUUUUUGACAUUUUGUAGGGUUUUCUACAAGAUGUUAACUCAGCACAAGCUGUUGUACACUUUAUUGUGAGCUCGUGUUGUAGCUGUACGUGUUGCCUAAACGCCAGCGAACAACGAUCAUAGCGAGCAAACGUGGAAUGAACCAUUUGCACACUAAGAACUGCCUAGUCUAAAAAAUGUCAUUUUUACGUUUUUUAGGUUUUUUACAUAAUACCUCUUAUAUACGCUACCUAAUUGUUUGUCCCUCAAAUUAAUAUUUACGCCUUGACUAGUUACCAUUCAGCCAGAAACCGAAUCGCUUAUCCCUCGGUCAUUUUGAACAACGCACCCCCAUCUUCAGCUUAUCUUGUCGUUGCUUGAUGUUUUAUGAUCUUUGACGUUUUUGGACUGAUUAAAUUAACCUCACCUUUUCAAACCUUCUAUCCCAACUCCCAACCCUUGAAUUUUUCGUAUUUUUUAAAUAACAUAAUCACAUAAUUUCCUAAACAGAAUGUAUUUAAGUACAGCAGAAAAUCGGCUUUUAGAAAAUGAAAUUAAUCAAAAAAAUGUUUCAGAAUCACCUCAAGAAUCGGAUAAAAAGGACGGCGAUCCUGAACGUACAGACAAGUCGCCUAAAUACUUCAAUGGUGUAGAAAUUAGUCAACUAACAAAAUCACAAAAGAAAAAAUAUCUGAAAUGCUUGAAAUGGGAGCAAGUGAAAAAGGAGAAACGAGCGAAAGAACGACUGAAAAACAAACAGAAAAGACAAUAUGCAAGGGAACAUAAUAUUGACUUGGGGCCCAGCAGAAAAAAGUUAAAAGAGGCCAAGAUGAAAGUCAGUCCGUGUAAAACAGGGGUAGUUGUAGAUUUAAGCUUUGAUGAUCUUAUGAUUGAUAAAGACAUGGCUAAAACCAUAAAACAGAUUUUACGAGUAUACACAUUAAAUAGAAGAGCAAAAGCUCCAAUGCAACUGUACUUGACAAGUUAUGGUGGUAGAAGUAAAAAAGAGAUGGAAAGGCAUCAUGGUCAUGAGCACUGGGACCUUAAUUUUCAUUCAGAGGAUUAUUUAGAUAUUUUUCCCAAGGAAAAACUAGUUUAUCUUAGCAGUGAGAGUGAAAAUGUAUUAGACAAAUUGGAGGAAGAUAAAGUUUAUAUCAUUGGAGGUUUAGUGGACCACAAUGCACAUAAGGGUAUUUGUCAUGAAAAAGCAGUUAAACAAGGUAUCACACAUGCACAACUCCCUAUAAGUGAAUAUUUCUGGAUGAAGGAUAGAAAAGUAUUGACAAUUAAUCAAGUCAAGUAGUCUCUGGUUUAGUACAAAGCAGCUAUCAUCGACAUUGUUUUAUACAAACAAAUUUUAAUGUGACUAGACCAAAUCAGAUUCUCAUCGAUAAUUAAACCCAGUGUUUGAAAUUUUACUCGGUGUCAGUGGAGGUAAGACAUUCAAGGAGGCAUUUGAGGCUGUUCUACCACAUAGAAAAGAAAAAAUACCAAUAGAGGAAAAACAAAGUAACACCACUACAAGGGAAACAAAACUGCAUGAUUCCGAUGACAGCACCUCUCUGACAUCAACAAAUUAUUUAUUAGAUGCCAACUGAGUCAAAACAUUGUAAUUUAUUGUAUAAUAAAUUCUAUCACUAUAAUAAUAAAAAAAAGAAUAUUAGAAGAGUGUUUCUAAUUAUUGA